UGUGUCCCGAUCAGCCCAGUGAUGACGGGCAAUAGGUUAGCUCUCUGUGCGUUUGUGAUCCUCCUGCAGUCAGUCCACUUACACAGAUCGGCAGUUCCCAAGGACGUCUUUGUCCGGUUCGCUUCGGUCAGACGCUCGCGGGCGCUAUCUCUUGACCGCAACAUCAAAAGUACCGGGCAUAGCAUGGGCUUGAUUGCUCACAAAUUGGAGCAGCAGCACUGGUCAAUAAAAGCAGGGCCAGUUCGGCGGUUGCUGUGCGGGGUUCAUGCGUGGUGCUGGCGCCGCCGUAGCACCAUUGGCAUAUUGCUUGGAGGUACUCUGUAUUGUCGCUGCACCCGCAUUGCGGCUGCGAUCAAAUCCAACAUUGAUCUGCAUGGCCCUCUGCUGCCACUUUGAUAGGCGCAUCUCCAAGCGGGCGCCUGCCUUUCGCAAUCCUGCAGCCCCGUACGUACCUUCCCUUCAUUUCGCUCGUGCAUGCAGAAUGGAGUGCGGAAUAUCUCGCCAGCGGCUAUCGGGCAGGUGCUGACGCGAGUUGCGCAUCGGCUUUCCUUCCCUGUCUGGCCUUCCCCAAAAAAAUGUCCGGAUAGAGAGCGUGUAGUUUCUGGCAUUUGCUUUGCGGGUUUCCUGACCUGGCACUUCUUGAUUCCACUUUGGGCAAAACGUACGGACCAAACAAGCAUCUUGAGUAGCCAUCGCUGACAGCCGACUAUGGGUGGCCCUACCUGGGCUGGCGCAUCCUUUCCUGGGCAGAUAGCAUGUUUACCCCUCGCCAAAGUCCGAUGGGGGAACACGAGAGUGUUUGACCCAUCCAUCCUAUACAUCGUAGGUAGGCGUCCAAGAGGGUGACAGAGACAACCCGGUUUGGGCCAGGAGCCGGUACGGCAUGGAGGAAUCCAAGGGCGUACAAGUAAACGCCAAACUCCCUUCCGCCCCCCACCCUCAGAAACUAUCCAAGAGCCUAAUAGCGAGAGGUGCCGUUCCGCGAGACUUGAAACCAAGACUGCCACCCUCAGAGGUCUCCUGACAUGACUGUCUCCGCCCUGCGGUCUCGUGGGGACCCUGCUACCUGGCCUGCCAGGUCCCUGGCGCCUUUACGGCCGCCCACCUCGACUACCGGCCAGGUUGUCGAUAAAAGCCCACGGCAAAAGUCGCUGUCCCGGAGGGAGUUCAAGACGAGACAGCGACGGGGGGACGACGAGCGAGAAAAGGAGGACAGCAGCAGCCCGGACACAGCCGUCGCCGCCGCCGCCACCAGCCCUGCAGGUGGAGCAGCCAUGGACUUUUCGCACUUUGGCUUCCCCAGCCGCGAGUGGGAAAGCUUUGUGGCGCACAACCCCGCAGCCACCAUCGUGCCUCCCAUCCCUAGCUCCAUCGAGGAGUUGAAGGCUCAGGCCAAUGCCGUCCGGAUCGAGCGCGGCCGGGCCCACGUCGCCGACGAGUGCCUCGCCGACAAGUUUACCACUAGGGACCACGCGGUCCCGACGAGAGACGGCAGCGCAAUCACCAUGCGCGUCUACCGCCCCGCUGGCGUCCCUGAGGACCAGUUGCUGCCCGCGCUCGUGUGGUUCCAUGGCGGAGGUUUCCUUUUUGGGAGCUUGGAUGGUGAGACAUACGUUUGUGGCCUGCUGUGUCACCGGCUCCAGUGUGCAGUCCUACACAUCUGCUAUCGGCACACCCCCGAGUUCACGCAUCCGACAGCCCACCACGAUGCUCACGACGGCUUCGACUUUAUCUGCGCACACUCUGUAGACCUCGUUAUCGAUCGCUCUCGUCUGAUUGUUGGAGGCAUCUCAUCUGGCGGCCAGCUGGCGGCUUCGGUGACGUAUCGCGAAAUACUUGCGGCCCGGGGCGGUGCGGCUAUGGGAGCCAACGGUGUCCAGCCGCAGCAACGCCCGAGGAUAAGAGGCCAGGUCCUCAGCAUCCCCUGGCUCUGCCACCGCGACGCCUAUCCCUAUCACUUGUUCCGCGACCGCGGCCGGGCCUCGACGCAGCAGUGCCUUUGGGCUCCCGUCACACCCAAGCCCAGGGCGGAUCUGUUCACGGACCUGCUACAUGUCGAGGAUGUCCAUGGCCGCUUGUCCAAUAUCGCCCAGGCCAGCCAGGAUGAGCUUACGGGUACCGUGAGAACUGCUCUCGUGAGUGCCGGCAUGGACGUCAAGCGCGACGAGGGGCUCAUGUAUGCCCUCAAGCUAAAGUCUCUAGGAGUUGAGACAAAAGUCCACGUCUUUCCAGGACUUCCCCAUGCGUUCUACAUGUUUCCGAAUCUGCCGUCGAGACCUAGGUAUCAUGAGGCGGUCGUGGAGUGCGCGAGGUGGGCGUUCGGCGAUGAGCCAGGCCAGAAGGAGUGGUAUGUCGAGCCACCACCCAGAGAGUUCGCUGGCGAUGGCGCCAUAUAACCAAAUUUGAUAAGAGAGAUUGGGACCCCGACAUGUUUCGUAUCAUGGAUGGAAGCGAUGGCGGGGAGACUGCACAUAAUUGCCCUUUUAGAAGAGGUGCGGAGCUGUUUGCCGGCCAGGACCUUUUACGGACCUUUGCCAUUCUAACCGAGGCGGAAGGGAGUUAUAUACAUACCUACACAUAGAUAUCAGGGGGGAUCAAUGGGAAGGAGCAUACGCAGGAUAUACAUAUAUUGGCACUAGGAUUCAAGCCAACCGGUCAGACUUUGGGGGCUGUCCUGUUCGCCAUUUUUAUUCGCGUUCCGU